AUGUCUGCCCCAGCCUUUCUCUACUCUCAGCUGUUCGUUAGCCUCCCCCUCCCAGACCAUGACUUCACUGGGCAAACUGUGGUCAUUACAGGUGCGAACACCGGCCUCGGACUUGAGGCAGCACGCCACAUGCUGAAGCUGAACGCGUCCCACCUGAUUCUGGGAGUGCGCAAUCUAUCCAAGGGACAUACAGCAAAGGAGGAGCUCCAGAAAUCCACCGGCAAAACCACCCCAAUCGAUAUCUUCCACCUCGACAUGGAAGACUACGAGUCGGUCAAGAGCUUCGCUGCGUCCGUUUCCUCCCUGCCCCGAGUUGACGUGGCAAUUCUCAAUGCGGGAAAGAUGUCCCAGGAGUUCUACAUUGCCGAGAAGGACGAGAGCACCAUUACGGUGAAUGUCGUCAGCACGAUGCUCCUGGGGCUGCUGAUACUCCCGAAACUUCGAGCAUCGGCGCAGGAUGGACGGCCUACUCCGCGACUGGUCAUUGUGGCGUCUGAUCGGCAUGUCAUGACCAACUUACCGGAGUGGAAGACGCCCAAUACGUUCGCUACCUUGCGGGCUGCGACGGACUCUGGGCCGGACGAUCGGUACUACGCAUCCAAGCUGCUUGCAGUUCUGUGCAUGCGGGAAUUGGCGAACAAGAUCGCCUCCACCAGCCCCAAGGUUGUGGUCAAUGGGCUCACCCCUGGGUAUUGUCUUACGCACCUUGUCGAUGGCAUUACGGGCUUCUGGGGCUGGCAGCUGCACAUGAUGAAGUUCUCGGUUGCCAGGACAGCCGAGCAGGGCUCUCGUACCCUGGUCCAUGCGGCAACCCUUGGUUUGGAGGGGCAUGGGAAAUACUUGAAUGACGCCAAGAUUGACGAUGGAGCCUUGUCGGCCUUUGUUCGAAGCGAGGAGGGCAAUCAAGCCCAGCAGAAGGUUUGGGGUGAGCUGCUGGAGAAAUUGGAAGCGAUUGUGCCAGGCGUAUCAGCAAACAUUUCUUAA